UUUAGUUUCUAUCAUCAUAGGUAGAAUUAAAAUGUUUUUGGAGACAUGUAUGACUGUCCGAGGUGGCUCAUUUUUAAAUCACUAGGAUUUUUUUUUAGAAUAUCUGUUAUUAAAUCUCCGUUUUAGUUUUUGUUCCAAUUUAGGACCACGUAAAUGCCCGGAUCGUUUAUUACUAUACAUCCUUACCUAUUCAUUUAAUUUUCUCAUUUGUAUUAUUUUGUAUACACGUUAUUAAUCAAAGGCGCAUCGGAAAAAAAUAAUCGAAAAAAAAAAAUCUUCCCUGCAUAUUUUUAUUGCGAAAUCUAAAGUAUUUUACAAGUCGUUUAACAUGUUAUUGAUAUAAGGAUAACCAUCUUUCGAUAAAUUUCAUAUUACGAGUUCCAAAAUGAUUUACUUCCUGACAUGUUUUAGAAUCAUCAUCUUAGUGGAUGUGUGUAUUUUGCAUCCGCCGCUAUACUAGAGAUUUAUUUUUACUUUACUAACUAUUCUCGCAAGUGUAUGACAUUUUAAAUUUAUCUAACCCAACAUAACCACUCUUUAAAAUUGGUCAUUAUUAUAUAAAAUAAUUCAGAUGUGGUGUUUCUCAACACUAUGUUACUUCCUAUACAUACCCUGAAAACAUUGCUUCCAAAUUCCUUCUGAAUUCUGAGAAACUUAAAAUUUGUGGUGAAGUGGUGUAUUCACAUAAGUGUUCCAUCCGUACCUUGUAGCCAAUAUUUUUCUUUCAUCCUAAUGGCAUCCUGUAUCAGAGGCAGACCCAACUUGGAAUAUUGGGAGGAGCUAUUUGCUUGGAAAAACGGGCGGAGGUCACAGGGGUGGUAUUGACCGGAGUGUUUUGGGUGGUAGAUUCUAAAUAUCACAUAUUUAAAUGGCGAGUCAGAAAUAAGACCAUUAGAAAAGUAAUGACCCCUAAUUUUAAUGCAUUUUUGAUGCCUUGGAAAGUAUUUUUUUAUAUACAGUUAUUUUUAGUUAUUAGGGCAGUUGGGUUGGAAGGGACUGCCACUGUCCUGAUACAUUGUACAUUUGUUAAAUGAUGCUAGCUGUUUUAAUUUAGUAAAUUGAAUAAUACUGGCUGUACUUAAACUUGAAUGUCAUGAUACAAACAAAUUAUGUUAGGUCUUUUGGAAUUUUUUUGUAUUAAACUAUCUGUCAUAAUUCAUUGUUGUCACAAGUUUUUGUUAAUGUCCAGUAUCUUUUGACAUGCCAAAUCAAACCAGCAAGCAUCAUGUACCACAGGAUCAAUGUAUAUGGGAUCAUUCCAUCAGAAUCAAGGGAUAAACGUGGAUACGUGAUACGUAACUUUUACCCAUAUGAAUAUCAAUAGUGCCAUGUUAACUGUGUGUGUAUGUACGUUUUGGUUUUAAUUAUGUCACAUGUAGUAUUUUAUUACUGAUGAAAGUAUUAUCAAUUGAUAUCAAGUGACAUAACAAAGAUACUUGCUGCAAUUUUAAAAUCCUGUACACCAAUCCCUCACUUAGCACAAUGUUAAUGGGCAGUUCCAUGAAAAAGUCAACCAUGGUAGCAAAUAUUAAAAUUAACAUAACCUAGAAAUGUUUUAUAUCAUUGGAAAGCUAACAUAUUUCUCUACCAGAAACUAGGCCUUAGAUUAGUCUUUAACUUUGUGAUGUAAUUAAUAAUGAUGAACAAACCUAAUAAAAAUUAUUCUCUUAGUAGUUUCAAUUGUACGCAAAUUGCUUUCUUGGCUGAUCUUGAUGACAUACUAAUACUAUAUUAGAUUGGUUUCUAAGCCAUUCAAUUUGUGUGGCCUAAUGCUACACGUAGAAACUAUAAUUAAGAAGACUAAAUCAUAUAACUGUUCUAUAAACCUCCCUCAAAGCAGGUGUUUUUUUAGUUUUACGUCCGACACCAAAAUGUGUAUUCAGUUUUAUACAGCCCACAAGGCUAGUGAUAUAAUUCUAACAACCCACAUACAAAGUAGGUUUGUACUGAUCUUUACUUUCUAUACAUAACAAAAGAUUGCUAUGAAUUAACUUUUUAUAUAACUGGGGGGUCGGACGUAAAAAUAAUUUUACGUCCGACACUUUACGUCCGACACCAAAUUUAAUAAUAUUUACAUUUAAUACCAAAUUAUAUUUUCAGUGAUUUUAUGAAGUAAUUAACCGCCUAUAUUGUAAAUAUCUUUAUUUAUAUUUGUAGAACAUAAUUUUUGUUUUGUAAGUUGUCACACCUGCACUUGUGCAUUUUGGUUAUUCACAUGUCACCCAUGCUGGCCUUCACAGUCCUUUCUAUUGUUGAAACUGCAGUAUUUUUGUAGUGAAAUACAUUCUUCAACAGAUAAAGAAAGCUACACCAACAGCAGUGUCAUGGCAAAGAUCAGCAACAAAGAAAAGAUGGCACGUCGCAGAGCAAGAAUUAAGGGUGGUGAUCCAGUAAAAAGAGCAGAAUUAUUAGAGAAAGAUCGAUUAAGGAAAGCUAAAUAUAGAAAACAACAGAAGGAAAGUAUGUCUUAGCCAGAACUGAAGAAGUUACGUGCAAAGAAAAGUGAAAGAGUGAAAUGUUGGUAUCAUAACAAAAAAGGUGAGCCAGCAACAAUUGAAAAAAACAGUGACAUACCUUUGUGUUCAACUCCAUUUAAAACAAAACAGUCUUUAGGAAAGGCUAUGAAAAAAAUUCAGCGUAAUUUGCCACAGUCUCCACGAAAAAGGCAACAUGUUGUGCAAUGUCUAGCUAACCAAUGUGGCUUUAAAGUAACUCCUCCAAUAGGAAGAACCAGACAAAAUGAAGUUUCAGAAAAGUUAAGAAAAUGGGUUCAUAUAUUUUAUCAGAAUGAUGAUGUCAGUUGGCAAGCACCAGGAAAGAAAGACAGAGUAAUAUACAAAGAUGUAGACAAGGAUGGAAAUAAAGUGAAACGUGAAGUCCAGGCUCAUUAUCUCUUGGUGUCACUAGGUGAGGCGUAUAAGGUAUUUGUAGAGAAACACCCACAGGUUACAAUUUGUCGAGCAAAAUUUUGUGCACUUCGUCCUAAACACUGUAAACUUUUUUCUCAAAUUCCACAUUUUGUGUGUGUAUGUUCCUAUCAUGAGAAUGUCAGAUUGUUGCUACUGGCACUGAAAGACUUUACAGACUUGCCAACAGAUUUUGAUUCCUUCAUUACUACUCUAGUGUGUGAUGCUUCAUCCAAAGAUUGUAUGACCAACCGUUGUGAAUCUUGUACUAACAGUAUAAGUCAACAUACACCUAAAGAUGAAGAUCUGAGAAAGCCACUUAAAUAUUCUCAGUGGCAAAACAAUGAUGGACAUUCAGAGAAGAUGGAGAUACUGAGUAGUGUGCAAGAAACAUUUGAAGAUUUGAAAAGCAAGUUGAAAGACUUUUUAGUUCAUACCUAUAUCAAACGCAUUCAAGCAAAGACAUUUGAAACCAUUAAAUCAAAUGUUAAUGGCAGUGAAAUUGUGAUUCAAGUUGAUUUUGCAGAAAAUGCAUCUCUGGUGAACCAAAAUGAAAUACAAUCAGCUCACUGGAGCCAUGGACAAUCAACUUUAUUUACAAUUUAUGCAUGGAUUAAUAAAAACCUAACUGAAGGGUGUGUAAUAGUAUCUGAUGAUCUUGAACACACCAAAUUACAAGUUUUUUGUUACAUUAAUCAUAUUCUUACGUAUUUGAAAACUUCCUACCCAGAUAUUAGUACAGUAAAUAUAUUCUCAGAUGGUGCUUCGUCACAGUUCAAAAAUCGUUUUAUUUUUUCAGUACUUGCCAAACUGGAAGAAAUUCACACCAUAAAACUUAAAUGGCAUUUCUUUGCGACUUCGCAUGGAAAAGGUGUUGUUGACGGUAUUGGGGGAACAAUUAAAAGAAGUGUCUGGAACCAUGUCAAGGCAAGUAGAAGCAUUGUAAACACACCAGAAAAGUUUGCAAGAAUUGCAGCAGAGCGAAAUCCCAACAUCACUGUGUGUUACAUCACAGCAGAAGAGAACAGAAGCAAGAACAACACAGUAGCUGAGAUAUGGGCCAAAGCAUUGCCAGUUGCAAACACACACAGUGUUCACUGCGUUACUCCUGUUGGAAACAAGUACAUUUUAGUUGGUGGUACCAGUGACAGUAAUGAAGUAUUUAGGAAAGUGAAAAUAAGCAGAGAUGAGGGCAGUAACAGUGAAGGAGACAUCAUGAGUAAUAGCACUAAAUGUAACCACGUGAAUCUAGACGACUGGGUUAUAGUUAAGUAUGAUGGCAAACUGUUUCCAGGGCUGGUGAAAAAAUUAAGGCCAGAUUAUGUUGAUGUAUCUGUUAUGCAUCUCUCAGACACUGGUAGUUACUACAAGUGGCCUUCACAAGAAGACUGCAUUUCAUAUUUAUUUAGUGAUGUGGUAAAAAAAAUUGAUGCCCCUAUUGUGACUGGGAGUAGAGGCCAGUUUCAGUUCACUAGCAAAAUAUGUGAAAAUUAAGAUUCAACCAAUUUCAAUUCAUGUUCAUUUCGUGAUUGCCAACAUUUCCUGCUCCUAGUUUGUUAUCCAUAUAGAGUAGGCCUAAUGUUAGCAUUUUUGUUAGUGGUAAUACAGUGAAAGAAAUGUAUCUCAAGGAAAGUGAGAAUAAGAAGAGAGAAAGACUGUGACAGUGACACUUAAGAAGAAACAUCAGUUAUAGUGAUAAAUGUAACCACCGAAGCCAUAUACUGGAUAAUAAGUUAAGUUCCUUUAGUAUUUUUAGUUAAGCUUUGUGAACCAAGUAUUUUUUUGUCAUACAUUUUACGUCCGACCCCAUCAUUUUACGUCCGACACCAAAGUUUAAAAAUGUAUACAUUUAUGAUAACUAAACAGUAUGAUUCAUUUAAUAUAUGCACAUUCUUUGUUAUUAUUCAGGCAAGCUGAAAAAAAUUAUAACAUAAUUUAAUAAUUUCAUUUUUCACAGACAUUAGUUACUUUAGCCCCUGAUGUGCCAAAUGUUUUGUUUUCUGUUUUACGUCCGACACCAAAAAUAAAAAACAAAUUGUUGCCUUGCAUGUUAGCAAAUUCGAACCAUUCCAUGUCAGGAUGUACCCUAUAAUCUCUCUUUUUUUACUCAAGCAUUAAUAUUAAUGAUACAUGGAAAAGAAUAGUAAUACGAAGAAGAUUACUCAACAAAUUUGUUUCCAAAUUUUACGUCCGACACCGUGGAACUGCCCUAAUUUUACCGCUCUACUAUUGAAUAGCACGUCUGUAAAUUUUAAUUAGCACGAUAUCGCCACAGGCAAAAAAAAAGUCUGGUAUGACACCACAAAUUCUGCUUCAACUCAGUAAACUACAGAUGUACCGUGGUAUACAGUUAGCUAUACAAGGGGGCUAGAGAUGUGCAUGCAGGUCAGACUAUGCCAUCGGCUGUUGUACAAACAUCAGCUAUGGCAAGUUCAGUUGCUGCUAUGGACUGUAAAGGACCAAUUGUUUUUACAUCCGCACGUAUGCUGCUGGCCCGUACCGUUAUCGCCCGGCCACAGACCGGGCCAAAAUAAACUUCAGUCUAGUCAGUGGCAGGAAAUUUGUAUACACAAACACAAAGCAACGUCUGCCCAUUUGUCUGCCGAUAACUGUACGUGCACAAGCACCUGCAGUGGGAAUCAUAUUGGAAUCAUGGCUUCCAUGUGAGAAGUUACGCAUUGUGUUCAAGUAUUUGAGACCAAACUAGAAGUAUCACGGCAUGCAGAAUGUCAUGAAGGCCACACUUAUGUUGGCUGCACUUUAGUUUUAAGCAAGUCAACUGUGCACACAAUCGUACGAAAUAAGGACUCAAUAAGGACUAAGUGUGAUGCUGUUGGUUGUACUAGUAGGAAUAUAUUUGGCAUUAGACACCGGAAUAGGAAUGAAAAGAUAAUUCACAUGGAAAAGGUUGUUAAAUGAAUGGUGCAAUGAAAAAAAAAAAAUCACGGGCCAGACAGAAUUGGUGUGAAUCAAAUGGUGAUAUGUGAAUAAGCACUUUAAUUUUUGAAAAAUUUAAAUUUAAAUUUUUAGACUGUAAUAUUGGUUUCACUGCCAGUAAAGGAUGGUUUGGAAAGUUCGCGGAAAGGUACGUGACGUGAAUUGAAUGUCACACUCAGGCGGGCAAUCCAACCAGUUGACUGACAAUAACCACCUAUCUCCUGUUACGCAGUAUCGUAUUUAUCAUACAAAGUAUUCAAUGGUAGGCUUAUAAAGAUAAAUUGUGUGACUUUUAUAGUUGAGUGUUAUUCUACCCAUUUAUGUUAUGUAAAGAAUAUUUCCCUAUACAUUUUGGAACACAUUAAGUAAAUUAGCCUUGCUGUUUAUAGAGAUUAAUGCUUCAGAAUACGUGAUUUCAAAUAACACAAAUAUUUUUAGGAACACAUUAGUUGUGCUAAGUGAGGGAUUGGUGUAAUUUAAAAAUAGUUAUGUAAUUUAUGUUUUGCUUUAACAGUUUAGCCAAGACUAUUUUCCAGGAGAGAGUGCCCUGAUUGUGUUGUCGCAGCCCUACUGUGUUUUUAAUACUAGCCAAGACUUGAUCCUGUGGUUGUCCAAAGAUCCUUAGUAAUAUAGCAUAGCUGAGACAUUUUUCAAAAAGGCAGGGAAUUUAAUGACAAUACAUCGUGGCCAAGAUUGUUUUCUACCUAAAUUUGUUUGUCAUUUGAAGUAUUAUUCUUUAUUGUUCAAUUUCUUCAAUAUUCACUGAAGCCAGAACAUAAUGACAUUUAAGUCUUUUAGAAAAAAGUCUCUGCUACAUAAUGUUCCUAAAGAUCUCUGGAGAACCACAGGAUCAAGUUGGAGUUAUUAUCAAGCAAACAAUAGGGUGGCGACAAUAAUCAGGACAAUCCAUCAUAGAAAACAAUCUUGGCUACACUAUUGAAGUACAAAACAAAUUUACAUCACUUAUCUUUGAAAGCAUAUUUUUUAAUUAUGAAUAUAUUCUAAGAAAGUGACAGUGCAAUUGGCUCUGAGGACUAGGAUAAUGUUGGGGUAUAACUAAUUAAAAAGCGUAAAAUAAUAAUAAAAAAGUGCUUAAAACAAAAUUGGAAAAACCUGUGAAACAAUGAAAUAACUUGAACAGAAAAAAAUUUGUCAAUAAGGUACGCUCAUCGCAGUGUUAAAUAAAGCUGCUGCAGGUAGAUGUUAAUGGCCGCAGCUAUUGCUCCGCUCACAAUCCAGGAAGCAAAAUGUUGCAGCUAUGUAAUAACACUUCUAUUGAUAUACCUUUUUUGCCUUAAUAUUUUUUUUUUAAAUUCCUAUUUAAGUGUUUUUAGUUAUGUUUAUUUGAGCAGUUUUAAACUAUUUUCUCAUGAACGUUUACGCCAACAUUUAUUCAGUUAAAUAAGCAAAGGCAUGAUAAACCUAGGCCUAUGUUCAUUAGGCUUCAUGGAAUAAUCACAAAACUGAUGGCAAUGUAAAGUAAAAUAAAAAUAACACAUGCAAAAGGAAAAAAUUUAUAAAAAAACACUUGCUAGUCACAGAGACUGUACGUAUUUCUGUCAACAUGCAUGCAUAAUACCUAGUGUUGGUCUCAUAAUGUACAGUGCACCACAAGUAAGUGAAAUAUUUAAAUAAUGAGCAAUAUCACAAAAAUUCAAUAUAUAUAAAAUACAAACAAACCACAGUAAAAUGCACCAUUAAAAAUUUUGCAUUCGAAAACAGAAUCAAAAUCAUAUAUAUAAGUAAUAAAGGGCAAUCCUUUUGCACUUAAUUAUAACUGAAACAAAUCUUGUGCAUACUAAGCAAGAUAAAUUGGAUAGAAUUUGGCAGAAAUAAAACAUAAGUAUGUGAAAAUGCUGAAAAUAACAACAAUAAAGUUAGUAAAAUUUGUUAGAAACAGUAGAAAAUAUUAUUUUAUUAAUCUCAAAAUAUAUGAAUAUACUAGCAGAUAGCAGAUGGUAAAAAUUGUUUGGCGUUCACUUGUUCACCAUAAGGCAUGAAUAACAAUCACGUGACAUCCAUAUAUUGUAUGUAAAUGCUGAAAAUAUCCACUUUAUAAACAAUUUUGUGUCAAAAAUGUAAAAAUUAACUGAAGAAUCUGCUUCAAAGAAUCACGCUGUGGUGUAGAGAAACUUUAUAAUCCAGAUGCUUAAAACAAUAUGUUGGUUAGUUUGCUUUCUUUUGAAAGAGGAGCUCAACUACACAAUUAACAGUUUAUAAUAGUGAUUUGGUGAGGAUUUCCAAAAAAAUGAGAUGGUUUACCAAGUGGCCUGGGUAGAGAAAAUUUCAAGAUAAGUCAAAGAAGGAAACAUUUGGUUUCUAAUCCAGACUGGUAAUAUACAUGUGGGGCUAAAAACAAAUUAGUUGUAGCAGAUGGCUCAGAGCAGUUCAGUCUGAGAUCACAGCAGGAACUAAUGUUGUUUGGGAGGGUUGGGUAUUAUGGGAGGAGGGCGAAGGUCCUGCUACUUCGAUAAGUUCCAAUUACAGUGACAGAUGUUUAAUCCAGCUCUUUUGGUACAGCGGCAAAGCCAGAUUGAUGCUUUUGCCUUAUUAUCAAACAUCAAUAUGGUUUUAACGGGAAUACCGAAACAUUAAUAUACAGUACAAUGGUAUUUAAAACACGUUGUAAUAUGCUGCUCUACAUGAAGAAAAAAUACCAAUGAGCAUUUGAUCUGCUUCUAAAUAUUAUUGUUUGAAUGUACAAGUGAAGUGUAACCUGCUAUAAAACAGGAAACACUGUACUGAAAUCAAAACAGACAGUAACAAUUAACUCUGAUGCAAACUAAAAACACUGGAAGUGCAGUAAUAUGACCUAGUAGUUAAUGUAAACAGUGGGAAUUCACCUGAAUAAAAAUCUGAACAAGAGUGCCUGGAUUGGAUAACGAUCUUUCACUGUACAAAUAAAGUUUUCUACUGUGGAAGUUCAAGUUUUG